GCUCCCCACAUUCCUAACCCUUCCAACGAUCGCACGACACAAUGGCAUACGGUGUACCCAUCGAUGAUGACUUCCUGCGCACGCUACCCGAGUACAAAAAUAAGACUACUCUGACGGCGAAGGAUCGCAGCACUGUCGCGCUCCAGCAGAAGUUCGUCUACAGAGACCAGGCUAUCAAGCGGCUCGAUGAGCUAAAGUCCGACUUCGGUGACGGCGUGUCAACUCUCUGCUUAGUCUACAAUGCCACCGGCGACACCAUCACUUGCCACGACACUCAGAGCUGGAAGGGGCACUUCUAUAAACAGUCUCCCGAAAAUUCGUUCGAGAAUGGACAAUGGUCCAUCUUCAUGCACGUCAAACCAAGCGUCCUGCCUGAAGGCUGCACAGGUGCUGUGAUAUAUAGAACGAAACAACAUGCGGAUGUCUUCUUGGGUUGGCAGAAUCCGUGGGCUCCGGGAUCCGAUACAAGCUGCUGGGCAGAAUGUCGCGCUUGGGAUCAUUGGUGGGGCACGGGUUCAAAGAGCUUUAUGGAGCAUCUACUCUAUGAUAAGGCUCAUUCCACUCAUGAAGAUUCAUCCAAUGGAUACAAAGCGAACAUCAGCAUAGGCGAUUCAACCACCUCAUACUGCGAAGCAGCCAUAUCCUUACUUUGAUUUUCUUCGCGGUAUCUCUCACCUGUUGUUUCCUAGUCCGUACGAUCUCAUCGCCCUAUGCCCAUCCCGAACAUACCAUUGCGAUGUUCCUAAGCACUCACGUAGUAAACAGAAAUAGCUUAACCCGCAACAAUAUAUUGUCAUACAUUCA